AUGGGCAAACCCAACCUCCGCGACCGCAAAUGCCAAACUCAGGGAAUGAAACUUUCGUCCUCAACCGUUGCAACAACGGUGCCGCCCUGGACGGCGAUGACGCUAGGUCAUCGGCACUCAAGGCUGCACCGAUCAAUGUUAUUCAUCCUAUCCAUCAAUCACCCGCCCGAGUCGAGUAAUAUCUCAAACAAGAUAUCUGCGAUGUCGGUAUCUGCUGUUGCGCCCCUCAAUGCGGAGAACAUUUGUCAAUAUUUUCUCAGUGUUAAGGGAGUGGAUCCUGACCUGAAAAGCAAAGCCAUCGCGAUGCCAAUCGCACGCAUCAUUUGUUCGAAAAUGCAGACCGUUUCCGAGAUGGUUGGAGUUUAUGCUGUUAUUGACGACUCUCCAUUUGGCGAGGCUGCACGGAUAUUUGGUCCCGUCAAUCGUGCCGGGAGCAUGAAGCUGAGGCUCGCCUGUAGUUCACCACCGCUCAGUCCAACCGACAUCGACACCGGGCCAGCCAAGCUUGUCGACCCACCAUCACUGGUCCUGGCAGUGUGCCACCCCUUUCAACUCCCUAUAUAA